CACAAUCUCAACCUUCUCUGCAACUAAUCAGCAACCACUCCUUUAUCGACUUCACCGUGGCCUCGCCGGAGUUCUCAUCGGGGAAAAUGGAGUUGAUCUUCCGUUUCUUUACUGCUAUUUCGCUUUUUUCGGUGAUUUUAUGGACGCCAAUCCUGAAUGCAGAGAAAACUUAUUCGCAAUUUGGUUCCAUUUCUGAUUCUGGUGAAAGGCAUUCUCAAGAAUAUUGUGCGAUGUACGAUAUAUGCGGAGAACGCAGUGAUGGGAAGGUUUUGAAUUGCCCCUAUGGUUCUUCAUCAGUGAAGCCUGAUGAGCUGUUCUCUGCCAAAAUCCAAAGCCUGUGUCCAGCAAUAAGUGGGAAUGUUUGUUGUACGGAGAAACAGUUUGACACAUUGCGGGCACAGGUUCAACAGGCAAUACCUUUCCUUGUUGGCUGUCCUGCAUGCUUGAGGAACUUCUUAAAUCUUUUCUGCGAGCUUUCCUGCUCUCCAGAUCAAAGUUUAUUUAUAAACGUAACUUCUGUGUCAGAGCUGAAUGGCAAUUUGACUGUUGAUGGCAUUGACUUUUAUGUAACUGAUGCUUUUGGGGAAGAGCUUUUUAACUCCUGCAAGGAUGUAAAGUUUGGGACCAUGAAUACAAGGGCCAUUGAAUUUAUUGGUGCUGGAGCUAAAAAUUUCAAAGAGUGGUUUGCAUUUAUUGGUCAGCAAGCUCCUCCUGGAUCUAUUGGUUCACCUUAUGCCAUUAAUUUUAAGCCUAGUGCUCCUGAGUUGUCUGGAAUGGAGCCAAUGAAUGUUUCUACUUAUUCGUGUGGUGACACUUCUCUGGGUUGUUCUUGUGGUGAUUGCCCUUCAUCGCCUAUAUGCUCCAGUUCUGAACCUCCUUCACCACAUAGGGAGGAUAGCUGCUUGAUUAAUUUUGGAGUUUUUAAGGUACAAUGUGUUGAAUUCUCAUUAGUUGUUGUGUAUAUUCUAUUGGUUGGUGGAGUUAUUGGAUGGGCGACUUUUAGUUUGAAAAUAGAAAGGAGGAGAGCUGCAUCUGGCAAGGAGCCAUUGUUGGAGUCCACAGCUGCGGGUGAAACAAAUUCUGUUUAUUUGGAAAAUUAUGAGAACCAUGCUAUGAAGGCACGAGAGAUGGUUCCACAACCAACAAAUGGGAUUGAACUUCAUGGAAUUCAAGGACAUAUUUCAAGAUUUUACAGAAAAUAUGGUAUAUGGGUUGCUAGACAUCCCACUAUAGUGCUAUUAUUAUCAUUGGCAGUGGUCAUUGUGCUAUCUUUGGGUCUUAUUCGUUUGAAGGUGGAGACUCGGCCAGAGAAGUUGUGGGUAGGUCAUGGGAGUAAGGCAGCAGAAGAGAAACAAUUUUUUGACAGUCACCUUGCGCCCUUCUACAGAAUUGAACAGCUUAUAUUAGCAACCUCGCCUGAAAUAAAGCAUGGGAGACCACCUAGUAUCAUUACAGAGGAUAAUAUCAAGUUGCUUUUUGAAAUACAAGGGAAGGUUGACGGAAUCCGUGCAAAUUAUUCUGGUUCACUGGUAUCUCUUGCUGAUAUUUGUUUGAAGCCUCUUGGUCAGGAUUGUGCCACUCAGAGUGUCCUGCAGUAUUACAAAAUGGAUCCAGAAAAUUUUGACUACUAUGGGGGAGUUGCACAUGCUGAGUACUGUUUUCAGCAUUUUACAUCAACAGAGACAUGCUUGAGUGCAUUUAAGGCCCCACUAGAUCCAAGCACUGCAUUGGGGGGUUUUGCUGGGAACAAUUAUUCUGAGGCCUCUGCAUUUGUUAUAACGUACCCAGUUAAUAAUGCAAUUGACAAGGCGGGUGAUGAGAAUUCUAAGGCAGUGGCUUGGGAAAAAGCUUUCAUUCAGUUGGUGAAGGAGGAGCUGCUACCAAUGGUUCAGUCCCGCAAUCUUACUCUUUCAUAUUCUUCUGAGAGCUCUAUUGAGGAAGAACUGAAAAGAGAAAGCACAGCUGAUGUUAUAACAAUAGUAGUUAGCUACCUUGUAAUGUUUGCUUACAUAUCUGUGACAUUGGGAGACACACCUCAUUUAUCCACUUUCUACCUCUCAUCUAAGGUUUUGCUUGGUCUUUCGGGAGUUAUUCUUGUCAUGCUUUCUGUUCUUGGGUCUGUUGGAUUUUUCAGUGCAAUUGGAGUCAAAUCUACAUUGAUCAUAAUGGAAGUUAUCCCGUUUCUGGUUUUGGCUGUUGGAGUGGAUAACAUGUGUAUUUUGGUCCAUGCUGUAAAAAGGCAAUCAUUUCAUCUUCCUCUGGAGGAACGAAUCAGCAAUGCACUGAUGGAAGUUGGUCCAUCCAUUACACUUGCUAGUUUAUCUGAGAUUCUGGCAUUUGCAGUCGGAAGUUUCAUUCCUAUGCCUGCUUGCCGGGUGUUCUCCAUGUUUGCAGCUUUGGCUGUUCUACUGGACUUCCUCCUGCAAAUUACUGCUUUUGUUUCACUGAUGGUUUUUGACUGCUUAAGAGCUGAGGACAACAGGAUUGACUGUUUUCCUUGCAUAAAAGUUCCUUCCUCCGAUGGAGAUGCUGGUGAAGGUAUCCAUCAGAGAAGCCCUGGAUUGCUGGCUAGAUACAUGCAAGAUAUUCAUGCACCUCUUCUGGGACUUUGGGGAGUGAAAAUGCUUGUAAUCGCUGUCUUUGCUGCUUUUGCUCUGGCAAGCAUUGCCCUCUCUAUGAGGAUAGAAACUGGUUUGGAGCAACAGAUUGUUCUUCCACGAGACUCAUAUCUUCAGGGUUAUUUCAAUAAUGUUUCAGAAUAUCUCAGAGUUGGACCACCAUUAUAUUUUGUUGUUAGAGAUUACAACUACAGCCAGGAGUCAAGCGAUACAAACAAGUUAUGCUCCAUCAACCACUGUGAUUCUAACUCCCUUUUGAAUGAGAUAUCAAGAGCAUCAGUGAUUCCAGAAUCAACCUACAUUGCUAAACCAGCUGCCUCAUGGCUUGAUGACUUUCUUGUAUGGAUAUCACCAGAAGCAUUUGGUUGCUGUAGGAAGUUUACUAAUGGUACUUAUUGUCCACCUGAUGAUCAGCCACCUUGCUGUUCACCUGAUGAAGGUUCUUGCGACUUUGGUGGAGUUUGCAAAGACUGUACAACGUGUUUCCGUCACUCGGAUUUGAUUAAUGAUCGUCCAUCAACAGAGCAAUUCAGGGAGAAGCUUCCGUGGUUCCUUGAUGCCCUGCCAUCCAAUGAUUGUGCUAAAGGCGGUCAUGGGGCUUACACCACCAGUGUGGAUCUCAAUGGUUUUGAAAGUGGUAUUAUACGGGCAUCAGAGUUUCGUACAUAUCAUACACCACUUAACAAACAAGGUGAUUAUGUCAAUUCAAUGCGAGCUGCACGGGAAUUCAGCUCAAGAGUUUCUGAUGCUUUAAAGAUGAACGUCUUUCCAUAUUCAGUGUUCUAUAUUUUCUUUGAGCAAUAUCUGGAUAUUUGGCGGGUGGCUUUGAUCAACAUAGCUGUAGCAAUUGGUGCUAUUUUUGUUGUCUGUCUUGUCAUUACAUCCAGUGUGUGGAUUUCUGUCAUCAUAGUCCUUGUACUGGUCAUGAUUGUUGCUGACCUCAUGGGUGUAAUGGCAAUUCUGGGUAUUCAGUUAAAUGCAGUCUCAGUUGUGAACCUUGUAAUGUCAAUAGGGAUUGCUGUUGAGUUUUGUGUGCAUAUAGCACAUGCCUUCUUGGUAAGCAAUGGGGAUAGGGACCAACGCAUGAAGGCAGCUCUAAGUACCAUGGGAGCAUCUGUUUUCAGUGGAAUCACUCUCACAAAGCUCGUUGGAGUAAUCGUGCUUUUCUUUUCAAGAUCAGAAAUCUUUGUGGUUUAUUACUUUCAGAUGUACCUGGCAUUGGUUCUGGUUGGUUUCCUGCAUGGGCUCGUGUUUUUACCGGUAGUACUGAGUUUGUUUGGUCCACCAGCAAGACAUACUAUUGAGCCUAUGGUCCGGUGCACUUGAGUUAACCUUUCUUCUCCACAAGCAUCCUACUCUGCUGUUUGCAUUCUCAAAUCAAAUUCAAUAGCUUUCAUUAAGGCCUCUGGGUAGGGUUUGUAAGUAAACCUUGUACAAGGAGUUAUAUGAAUCCAUCAAUGGAGUAAAUCAAUCUUGCAAUGUCUCAUUCUUCUGAUGUUCAAUGUGAGAUUGUUAUGAAUUUUCGUCUUAAUACAUUUUCCAUUUUCUUUAUGUUCUUUGUAUUACAAGAACAAAUUGGCAUUACCUAG